AUGGAGUUACCAGAAGCCAGUGACGGUGUUCAGCUGGCUGCAUACAGACCCAGACUUUCUCUGCCUGUAGUCAAUGCGAAGGCAACACCUGAAGGGUUUGAUGCGUCUGGUGACUAUCACUGCUAUGGGGAUGGGAGCAGUGUAGCGUCCCGUGGAUCUGAUGCUCUAAGUGGCUACGAGACUCUGGACGCCCCACCACACUAUGAUUUCUACGCCAACACAGAGGUGUUUGGCCGACAGAGGCGCUUAAGGCCAUCCCUGUACCAGCUGCAUGCCAACCCUGAGGUUGAUCCCAGACCUCCCUUGUAUGAGGAGACAACAGCUGAACAGAUGAGAGUAGAAGACAGCUCAGAGGAAGACGAGGAGGACCAAAAGGAGCCACCACUUGAACCUACUCGCUUUGGCUGGGUUCAGGGAGUCAUGAUCCGUUGCAUGUUAAACAUCUGGGGUGUUAUCUUGUACUUGAGGUUGCCUUGGAUCACUGCUCAAGCUGGUAUAGGUCUGACCUGGGUGAUUAUCCUGCUAUCCUCCUGUAUAACUGGGAUCACUGGUCUCUCGACCUCAGCAAUUGCUACCAAUGGCAAGGUCAAAGGAGGUGGGACUUACUUCCUGAUCAGUCGCAGCCUCGGUCCAGAGCUGGGUGGGUCCAUUGGUCUGAUCUUUUCUUUUGCCAAUGCUGUAGCUGUGGCCAUGCACACUGUUGGCUUUGCUGAGACUGUUACAGAUCUUAUGUAUGAAAAUGGAACAGUCAUGGUGGACCGAAUCAAUGACAUCCGCAUCAUUGGCAUCAUUACAGUCACAUUUCUACUAGGUAUCUCAAUGGCUGGCAUGGCGUGGGAGUCAAAGGCGCAGGUUUUGUUCUUUCUAGUCAUCCUGGUAUCAUUUGCCAGUUUCAUUGUUGGAACGAUCACUCCUGCUUCCCCACAGAAACAAGCCAGGGGUUUCUUUAGCUACAAAGCGGAUAUCUUUGCCUCCAAUUUUGUACCCGACUGGCGGGGACCAGAGGGCAGCUUCUUUGGAAUGUUCUCCAUUUUCUUCCCCUCCGCCACGGGCAUCCUGGCAGGAGCUAACAUAUCAGGCGAUCUGAAGAAUCCAACAGUGGCAAUCCCCAGGGGUACACUAAUGGCAAUAUUCUGGACCACCAUUUCAUACCUCAUCAUCUCUGCAACCAUUGGAUCUUGUGUGUUGCGGGAUGCGUCUGGCCUGUUAAACAACACCCUGUUGCCGUCCUCAUCUAGUGAGGAUUGUGUUGGUUUAGCUUGUCAAUAUGGAUGGGACUUUGCUGAGUGUAUCAGCAAUAACACAUGCACCUAUGGCAUCAGUAAUUACUAUCAGUCGAUGAGCUUGGUGUCAGCUUUCGCCCCUCUCAUCACUGCUGGUAUAUUUGGAGCGACACUCUCCUCUGCUUUGGCCUGCCUGGUGUCUGCUCCCAAAGUCUUCCAGUGUCUGUGUAAGGACAAACUCUACCCUCUCAUCGGCGUCUUUGGCAAAGGUUACGGCAAGAAUGAUGAACCGCUCAGAGGCUACCUACUAACGUACAUCAUUGCUGCCUGCUUCAUUCUCAUUGCUGAGUUGAACACCAUCGCUCCCAUCAUCUCCAACUUCUUCCUCUGCUCAUACUCUCUUAUCAACUUCAGCUGCUUCCAUGCCUCAAUCACCAACUCACCAGGUUGGCGUCCGUCUUUCAGGUUCUACAGUAAGUGGCUGUCGCUGCUGGGCUCUGUGAUUUGUGUAGUUAUCAUGUUCUUGCUGACUUGGUGGGCAGCCCUGAUUGCCUUUGGCGUCGUCUUCUUCCUUUUGGGAUACACACUAUACAAGAAGCCUGCUGUGAACUGGGGCUCCUCAGUGCAGGCAAGCACCUACAACAUGGCUCUGAGCCAGUGUGUAGGUCUCAACCAUGUGGAGGACCAUGUCAAGAACUACAGACCUCAGUGUUUGGUGCUGACAGGUCCUCCCAGCAGUCGCCCAGCUCUGGUGGAUCUCGUCACCUGUUUCACAAAGGAUCUUAGUCUCAUGAUUUGUGGCAAUGUAGUCACUGCUGGUCCAUCCCCAUCAGCAGUGGAAAAGGCGACCAGUGACAGUCACGUUACCUGGUUGAACCAACGCAAGAUCAAGUCAUUCUACAGAGGUGUGGUGGCUACAGAGCUACGAUCAGGAGUUAACAUGCUGCUACAGGGGGCAGGUUUAGGUCGUAUUAAGCCAAACGUCCUACUGAUGGGUUUCAAGAAAGACUGCUGCAGUGAAACACCUCAGGCUGCACACAACUACAUAGAGAUACUACAUGAUGCAUUUGACCUGCAGUACGGCGUGUGCAUACUGAGAUUGAAGGGGGGACUGGAUGCCACUCAUUUAUCUCAAUCAAAUGCUUCUCACCCCAUUGAAGCAGAGCCUCAGUGUAGUACGGUGUUCCAGAAAAAACAAGGAAAGAAAACCAUCGAUGUGUACUGGCUGUCUGAUGACGGAGGUCUGACCCUGCUGCUGCCCUACCUGCUGACUCGGAGGAAGCGCUGGGCCAGAUGUAAGGUCCGCGUGUUUGUGGGUGGAGAUGCAGACAAAAUGGAAGAGCAGAGAGAGGAGGUGUUGGCACUGAUCAAGAAGUUUCGUCUUGGUUUCCAUGAUGUUAAAGUGCUUCCUGACUUCUACCAGAACCCCCGGCCUGGAAGUGUUCAUCAGUUUGAGAACAUGUUGGGUUGCUACAGACUUGAUACAAAUCCCAAACAGGACUCAGAUUCUGGGCCACCAAGACAGCAGGAGGAGCCGUGGAUGAUCACUGACCAGGAUUUAGAGAGGAACAAGGCCAAGUCUCUCCGUCAAAUUCGUCUAAAUGAGGUUCUUCAGGAUUACUCCGGAGAAGCUGCUUUAAUUAUAAUCACCAUGCCAGUGGGAAUGAGAGGAGUGUGUCCCAAUACUCUCUACCUGGCAUGGCUGGACUUCUUGUCACAUGAUCUGAGACCUCCAGUCCUGUUGGUCAGAGGAAACCAGGAAAAUGUCCUCACCUUCUACUGCCAAUGA